AUGGAAGAGCUAACCUCAAAAACUGUCAAGCCAAACAUCUCAAUUAACAAAAAGGAUCUAUUUAAAAUAAACAAGGCCCUUUCCACCCAUAAUUUCCUUAUAAAACUUCUUAAACAACCUGAUAAACUGAUUAACAAGCACAGAAAUAACCAAUACAACUAG